UAUAUGGUGACGUCAGUGAAAGUUCGGCUUCAGUCAGCCGCCAGUGGCCACAUCGCGAUCAUGUGGCUGCAAUGUUUCGCUGCUACGGUGCUUAUUGCCGCGGCUGCGUCCCGCGAAGUCUUCACAAACUCAUUCUUGGUGCGGUUCAAGAAAUCCCUCGGCCACGAGGAAGCUCACGAAGUUGCCCUUCGCCACGGCUUCGAAAACCUCGGCCCGGUCCUCAGCUCUGACACAGAGUGGCACUUCGCGCAUCGUGGCUUGCCGCACGCGCGACUGCGCAGGUCCAUUGCGCACACUCGUCUUUUGAAACGAAAUCCAUUAGUUCACACAGCUGUUCAGCAGACUGGUUUCAAGCGUGUUAAGCGAGGCUUCCGCCCACUUCGCCUGCCUGAGACAGCACCAGCGGCUGAACCGCGUGACCCCUACUUCCCUCUACAAUGGUACUUAAAGAACACUGGACAGAAUGGAGGGAAACCGAAAUUGGAUUUGAACGUCGAAGCGGCCUGGGCUCAAGGGUAUACUGGAGUUAACGUGACCACUGCUAUUAUGGACGAUGGUGUGGACUAUAUGCAUCCGGAUUUAAAAUACAAUUAUAAUGCAGAGGCUUCUUAUGACUUCAGUAGCAACGAUCCCUUCCCCUACCCGCGCUACACUGACGAUUGGUUUAAUAGUCACGGAACGCGGUGUGCUGGCGAGGUGGCAGCGGCGCGUGACAACGGCGUCUGUGGGGUUGGAGUUGCUUACCACUCCAAAGUCGCUGGUAUAAGGAUGCUCGACCAGCCCUACAUGACAGACCUCAUCGAGGCUAACUCUAUGGGCCACGAGCCUCACAAGAUCCACAUAUACAGCGCGUCCUGGGGGCCGACGGAUGACGGUAGAACUGUUGAUGGACCGAGGAAUGCCACCAUGAGAGCCAUCGUUAGGGGUGUUAACGAGGGUCGCAACGGCUUAGGCAACAUCUAUGUGUGGGCGAGCGGUGACGGAGGCGAAGAUGACGAUUGCAACUGUGACGGAUACGCCGCCUCCAUGUGGACCGUUUCAAUUAACAGCGCAAUAAACGAUGGUCAGAACGCGCAUUAUGAUGAAUCGUGCUCCUCAACUCUUGCAAGUACAUUUAGCAAUGGUGCUAGAGAUCCUAGUACAGGGGUGGCUACAACUGAUUUAUACGGGAAAUGUACUGCAACUCACUCUGGAACCUCUGCUGCUGCACCAGAAGCAGCUGGAGUAUUCGCUUUGGCUCUUCAUGCUAAUCCGAAUCUGACUUGGCGUGAUAUUCAACACUUGACGGUGUUAACGUCAAAAAGGAACUCUUUGUACGAUGCAAAGGGUCGCUUCCACUGGACUAUGAAUGGCGUGGGACUAGAGUUCAACCAUCUAUUUGGUUUCGGUGUGCUAGACGCUGGUGCUAUGACCGCACUUGCAGCUAACUGGCGCUCUGUUCCACCUCGGUACCAUUGCGAAGCUGGAUCUGUAAAUACUCAUACCGAAGUUCCAUCUGAAGACAGUAUAACUUUGCAUAUCAAGACCACGGCGUGUGCUGGAUCCCCGAGUGAGGUUAGGUAUUUGGAGCACGUACAAGCUGUAGUGAGUGCUAAUGCGACGCGGCGUGGGGACCUAGAGCUGUUCUUAACAAGCCCUAUGGGUACAAGGUCAAUGAUCCUGAGUAGACGAGCAAACGAUGAUGACAGCCGUGAUGGGUUUACUAAGUGGCCAUUCAUGACUACCCAUACUUGGGGUGAAUACCCGCAAGGCACGUGGACGCUUGAGGCACGAUUCUCCGGCGGUUCUGGCCCGAGCUCGGCGUCAGGCUGGCUGCGCGGCUGGUCGCUCGUGCUCCACGGAACACGCGCCCCUCCCUACGCGCAACUACAGCCGCAAGACCCGCACUCCAAACUGGCCGUCGUCAAGAAGGCCCACGAAGAUAACGCGACCGAAUAG